AAUUUACCAUAUCAGAUGACUCUAAAGAUGAUUCUCAGUAUGAAGAGGUUCCAGCAGAUGAUGAAUUUAGUCUUCAGGAAGAUGAUGAGGAUCUGUCAAAGGCUUUGCAGACUAUUCAAGAGCAGGCUGAAGAUGCCCAAAUUUUAGCUUUGCAAUCAGUUCUGACUUCUGAGAAAUCGGUGUCUGAAAUACCUGAAGCAAUGGAUGACUUCUUUUGCAAUUUCCUGGUCAGACUUGGAAUGUCCAGAACCCUCGAUUGCUUCCAAACUGAAUGGUAUGAACUCAUAGAGAGAGGGGUGUUCACAGCCAAAGACGUUGAAUUGGUUCCAACUGUGUAUACCCGCAACCAGCAACUUGAGACUGAGAAUAGGCACUUGAGGAAAGAUUUGGAAAACUAUAAACUUGCUGCUAACGAAGCAAAAGAGGCUUUCCUAAAAAUGCAGAAAGAAUGUGACUUCCAUCGAAUGCAUCAUAAGCGAGUGGUCCAGGAGAAAAACAGGCUUAUUUCUGACAUUAAAAGGCUGAAGGCACAUUAUGCAUCAUAUGAACCAGUGCUGAAGCAGUUGACUGAAAAAUACCAGACUACACUGAGACAGAAGAUGUUAACUAGUUUGGAGAGAGACAGAGCGGUUGGGCAGGUUACAGGUUUGCAAGCCACAUUACAAAAUUUAGAGUCUGGACAUGCUCUGCAGAUUCCUGUGACAAAAGUAGGCCAUGGCUGUCAAAGGAAUAAAGGGUUGGAAGGUCCCACCCAGAAGGCUCUUUGGGAAGCCAGGCAGCAAAAAGUCAUUGAUACUGAAAGGUCUUCAUAUGAUCCAAAGAUGCAGAGAAGACGACAGGCAAGAGAUAUCCAAAG